UUCAUUUUGGGUUCAAAAUGUACUGAUGAUUCCAUUAGUAGGUGGCCUGUAGUUGAUCAGUGUUGUUCGUAGUCUUGUUCAGUUUUUUUUAAUUAAUUAACAACGUCAAGAUGCCCAUCAAAGUUAUUGUUACAGAUAUCGAAGGAACAACCACUUCCAUUUCUUUCGUUAAGGACAAGCUAUUUCCUUAUGCCGUUGAGCAUGUCGAAGAAUAUCUAACCGCAAAUUGGACGACUGAAGCUGUACAAGAAGCGGUCAAGGAAUUACGUGCUCAAUAUGCCGUCGAUGUAACUGACAAAAUUGAAGGAGCUGUGGCCAUCUCCGACGGAGAGGCCAAAGAGCAAGCCGAACAGAUUGCCGAAGUGGUAGCCAAUGUAAAAUGGCAAAUCAGCAUUGAUCGUAAAACUACAUCGCUCAAAAAGCUCCAGGGUCUCAUUUGGGCAAAGGGUUAUGACAGUGGGGCGAUUAAGGGACACGUUUACUCAGAUGUUCCUAAAGCUUUUGAACGUUGGACAGCGGAUAAUAUCAAAAUAUACAUUUACUCUAGCGGGAGUGUAGCCGCCCAAAAGUUGCUGUUCACCAAUUCUGAACACGGUGAUCUUACGUCAAACAUAUCUGGAUAUUUUGACACAAACGUUGGCAUGAAACAGGACCAGCUUAGCUACGAAAAGAUCGUAAAGGAAGUAGGUUGUGAGCCCAGCGACAUUCUUUUCCUCACUGACAUCGUGAAUGAAGCAGCUGCUGCUAAAGGAAGUGGUAUUAAAGUUGCAUUACUGGUUCGCAGUGGCAAUGGUCCACUGACAGACGAGGAAAAAGCUGAAUAUGAAAUAUUCACUUCAUUCGACGACAUCCAUUCAGAAUUUGUGAUUGGAAAGCGAAAAUUCGAAGACAUUGUGACUGCUGAGACAAACGCUAUCAAAAUAGCCAAACUAAGCGAUGAAGAGUCUGUUACCACCAAUGAUACCACCCCUGAGAGUGUUACAGAAACCAAUGGAAUUGAUAGGACUGAUAGCAUUAACGAUACGAAGAUGGAAACGUUGUGUUCCAACAGUGAUGAAUUAACCAAGACGAAAAAUGAUGUUAAGACUGAGACUACCGAUAUUCCAAUAACGCAAACCGAAUGUGAUCAUAAAGAUAAGACCGAUAAUUUAGACGUAGACGUAGUCGAACAAGACAUAGUUAAAGGAGAAAAAGACUCUAAGCCACAAACCGAAGUGGAGGCCGCGAUUAAAGUGGAUGAAGCACUGCCAAUGGAAGUGGUCGAUGAUAAACCUGUUGAAAAAAAGGAAACCGAAGACAUUGAAAUGGAGACCACUCCAAUUGAAGCCGAACCCAAUAAGAAACCGAAAGAUAUUAAUGAUGAUGACGAAUUGGCCAAAGUUGUUGAUAUAACAUCGGAUACGGUUGAUAAACAUUUAACAGAUCCGAUUACCGCAACACCCGAUACUAAAUCCGAUGAACAAACAGACAAGGAAGAGCUGUCGACUGAGAAAUUAUCUAAAGCUGAAAUUGUUGCUGAAAUUGUUGAUGAAAACAAUGUAGAAAAAAAAACUGAAGUACCGUCACAACAGAACGGAGAUCAUACGGUAGGAAACAAUGAGGAGAAGUCAGCUGAUGAAACGCAAGACACACAUUCGAAAACGGAACCAGCUGUCGGCGAAAGUGCUGACACUACCGAACCGAAGAAAAUUGAAAUUGAGAAAUCAUUGGACAGCGACGAAAAAGUGGAAACGAUUGAAAAGGAUGCCAAAGAGGCGGAAGAAAUCGACAACAAAGAGAAUAUCCCAGUUGAGAUCAAGGAGAAGGAAAAUAUAAUUGAAAUACCCAUCCAUAUCGACGGUGAUGCUCAGAAACCAUCAAUAAUUACCACCACGAAUGGUAACGGUGUUGCCACAAAGGAUGAUGCAUUAGAAACUGCUGCUACUGCUGCCACUGCUGCCACCACCACUACCAAUUCUAAUAAAGAGAAAAUGUCUCGCAUCGAACUUAUCAUCGAGGAGAAAAAUAAUGAUAACGGCCAAUUGACGGAGACGACCACUCACAUCGUAAAAGAAAUCAUUGUCAAAAACAACACAUGCGAGUUGGUUGAUAAUGACAAAAUGGCAGAAAAUGUGUAAUUUUCGAAUUGCAACGUCACACAAUGUCAUUCUUUUUGGUUGUUUAUUUGUUCGUCAAACCAUUUUUCUUAUAAGAAUAUUUUGCACAUCAACAACAAAAAAAAAACAAAAAGAAAAAGAAAAAACGAAACUCAUCAAAGUAUUACUUUUCACUCAUCACUUUAACUUAAUCAUUUAGUUUUUGUUUGUCUCAUAUUUUUUUUUUUACUUUCGUUAUACUUAGGAAUAAUUUUCGUUUUAUUUAAGUAUACGAUUCUUUCCAUGCUCAUUUUUAACUUUUUAUUUUGUAGUAAAAAACAAAAAAAAGAACGUUUCGUCAAACGCCCAAGUGAUUUUUCGUGAAUCACAAACACACUUACUACUUAAACUUAAACAAUACUUAUAUCUCGCUGUAAUUUGUCGAAAAACAUAAAAAUAAAUAAGAAUAACUCAAAAAUUAGAAA